CAAAGAUGGUUUAACGAGGAAAUGAUCAUUUAUUGAGUACAUUGAGAGAGAAUUAUAUGAACACUAGGUCGUUAUAGAAUAUAUAAUUUGGGUUACUUAUAAUACAAAUGAUAGUAAAUAAAAAUGUAUCAUAAGGUAAUUAGAACAUAUCAGAGGAAGAAGCCCGGCAAGCAAGAGUGUAGCACUUUGAAACAUAACCCAGUAACUCCAGUUCUUAAUCCUAUUAAUAUUAAUCCCAUAAAAGGUAAAGAAAGUGAUGGAUCUAAAGUAGAAAAUGGGAAUCAUGAUCAUACGCUGGAUUACGAUCCAUUUGAUACCACCUUUGACAGACUCAUCAAAGAAAUUAAGGCUGCACCACUACCUAUAACAGAAAGCUCCAACCAAUCAUGGUAUGACAGUAGUUCCAAUGAUUUAACUGAAGAUGAUUCGUCUCGAAACAUAAAUCCCAAAAGAUACAAUAAAGUUAACGGUGUAUUUAGUUGUGAUCAGCAACCAACAGUUUUACAAGAAUUCAGUUUUAACAUUAUUAAAAAGGAGCGUAAGCAACGGAAAGUUAAUAUCACGAAAGAAAAUGUUAAGUCUGAGGGAAAAGAUACAAUCGUACCUAAACUUACUAGAGCAAAAAGGAAGUGCAUUCCAGUAGUAUUAAAUGACUGUGAUGAUAGUUCAAUUCAUCCACCAUGCCUUACUAAGAAAAGGGUUUUAAAAAAGAAAAAAUACUUUACGGCAAAAUUACAAAAGACUGAGUCUUGUGAUAAUUUACAUAUGCAUUCUGAAGUAUCUGAUUAUAUUGCUGAUAAUGUAAAAAAAAAUGACGUCAUUAGUGAUGCAAAUACAAAAAAUAAAGUUACCAGUAAGAAAAAGAAUAUUAAGGCAACCUCAAAAGGAAAAAGAAACGGUGUACGUAAUAAGACAAAGAAACAGCAGAUAGAAAAUAAUUCUGUUACAAAUGACAUUUUAAUAAAUAAUCCAGAAAUAAUUACUGAUUGCAAAAGUCAGUUUUGUGUUGAACCUCAAUUAUUAUUGGAUAAAUCAAAACCAUCGAGAUCUGAUGAAGUAGAUUUAUUCUGUCAAAAUGAUAUUAAGUUAAAGGAAACUAAAACAGUUGAUCCAAAUGUCUGUGAUCCUUCUGUAAUGUGUAGCACACCUUUUUCUAGACACAAAAAUUUGUCGGCACUAUUUUCUCUGUCACCUAUCACUCCUAUUGAUAAAACAAAAAUUCAGAUAUCAACAUUAUGCCCAGAAAAUAAAAAUGAUGUCAAGUGUUCAACAUUCAAAAAUACAGAUUCUUAUUGUUCCGUUAUUGCGAAUCAUUCACUGAGAAGAACACCCACUGAUCUGAUACAACCGCUGGAUUUUCCAAAUACAUUGGAAUCAAAGAUUAUAAAUGAGAUUCCCAUUUCAGUGAAACAAAACAGUGAUCCUAAACUAAAAAACACACAAAAUUUCCACAAAACAAGUGAUAAUUAUGAAGUAUCCAAAAUUGAUCAGGUAUCGAUAUCUUCUUCACCUCAAAUAAAUGGCUUAAUAGAUCUGUCAGACAAACCGAAGCCAUCCAAUUGCAACCUAAAUAAGAAGAAAAAUGUACCUACGUUAUCUUCACAGAUAUCACAUAUCAACAUGCAGUCAGCUGCAGUAAAUGACAUAACAAGUGAAGAGUUAAAACAGCAGGAGAAAAACCUGUUGAGAAUUUCUGCAGACAGUGGUAGAUCUGUUUCCAUGUUCAGUUACGUAGAGUCAAAAUUUGACAAUCAUAAGUUAGGGUCACCAGAAAAACCUGAAGAAACAAAAUUACAAGAACAAUCGUUGCAAAUCCAGCAAAUUAAUACACCAGAUAUAUUGCAUCCUCCUAUGUCAGAUAUUAGUCAGGAAUUAUUAACACAUGAAUCAAUGGAACCAAAUUAUAGACUCAGAAAUGAUACAACUCAGUUUUCUGUAAAUAACAAUACAUCUGGAUAUGAUUGUAAAGAUCUCAUGAUGAAAGGUAUCAAAGAAGCGAGUAAUUCUAAGACAUCUGAAAGAAAGGGAGAUCUCUCGGAUGAAGUAGCUAUUCUGUCAGAAAAAGAGUCAAGUGUUCAAUUAACAGAACCCGUUACAGCAUCGAACAAAGAAACUGAAAUAUCAAUCGAUAAAUCAAGAAUUCAGCAAGUGUCAACGACAGAGGAAUUUGACGACCUAAAUGACGUUACUCAUGAUAUUUGCAGUGAAACAAGUUUAUCGAUCAAUAAUACUCAAAACAGUAACAUCCAGACAGAUGCAAAUUCACAGGAUAUGCACAGUCAAAAUGUACAAUCACAAAUUAGUGAAAUAGAAAAUAUUGAUCAUAAUACUUCUACUGAAAUAAGUCUACAAACUGAGGAAAGCCAAAAUGUUGAAAAACAGGCAGAUGGUAUUAGUUAUGAAGCUGAUGUAAGUUUACAAAAAGAUAAAACUCAAAAUCAUGAAUCAGAUAUCAACUAUAAAGAGACACCCAGAAGCCUUAAUCCAUAUGUUUCAUUAUCACGUUUAAAAAAUCGUAAUAAAGUCACAGAAUUCAACGAAAGCUCAAGAUCUUGCAGAAUUUGUACAGAUAUAGAUACCACUGCAAACAAAAUAAAUAUAAGUGCAAAAUUGUCUAUUAAGGAACCAUAUGUACUUUUAACAUGCUUAAACGAACAGUCAGAUGCUGUGCAUUUGCCAACAAUUACGUAUAGAAGACCAAAAAGAGGUGCUAGAAGGAAAACGGAAUUAACAUUAAUUUCAGAAAGUGUAAUUGAAGAAAAGAUAAAUCCCACAGAAAUAAAUGAGCCUACUAGAGAAAAAUACAGCAGAUCAAGUAAAUCAGGAAAAAAAGUGAAUUUUGCAGACAUUUCUACAAAUACUGUUCCUCACUGUGAUGCUGUUGAUUCAGUAAACACAGUAAGCAAUUCAAGCUCGGACAAAUUACUCUUCCUCGCACCAGGAAAAUCUUGGGCGAGAUCCUUGUCCAUUCUUAACAGAGUUCACAACAAAGAUGACAUCGAAGCACAAUCCAGAGGUAAAGGCAAGAAAUGGAGAGAAAGUGUUCUGUCGAUCCUAGAAAUGCAACGUCAAGGCGCAAUCCAAAGUUGCAUCAAACCUAAUGAAGAUGACAAGGAUUCACGGUCGCUCUACAAAGUACUUGACAAGUCACAAUGUACACGUUAUUCCAAGGAACACACAAAUUUCUAUUCCACAAGUCCUGGUCGAUUCGUAAGACGUAUUUCAGUCCGAGUUGUGCCAGACAGCAAGCUUGACCACAUCAAAGAUCCCCCAUUCCUUGAAGCGUAUGGAAUUUCACCUAUUAAUUCAGAGAAACGGGAAAGCUCCACUAUAUUGUCUCCUGCAAUAUCACUUUACAAGAACUCCUUCGUUGAUGUUGACUGCAAUAAUGUGAGUAACAAGAGCAACGAAAAAGGAACAAUAUACACUGCUAAGGAGGUUGUACUGCAAAGAUGCAACCAAGAUGAUUAUCUGCCAUUUUCCCAGUGUUUCCCUGACUCGUUCCUGGAACAGUGUCGAAAGAUUGGUGAAGGUGUAUACGGUGAAGUUUUUCUUCAUGACGAUGGAGAGAAAAAAUCGGUGAUUAAAAUAAUACCGAUAGAGGGUACUAAGUUAGUGAACGGUGAGCCUCAGAAGCGUUUUGAUGAAAUAUUAUCAGAAAUCGUUAUUGCCAAGGAGCUGCAUGAUCUUAGGUUCAACAAUGAGUGUAAUACCAGUGGAUUUGUUGAAGUGAAAAGUAUUAAGUGCAUUAAUGGAAAAUAUCCUAAAAAACUAGUGCAAUUAUGGCAAGCCUAUGACGAGAGUAAGAAUUCUGAUAAUGACUGUCCAUCGAUGUUUGAUGAGGACCAAUUAUACAUCGCACUGGAGCUUGGCAAUGGUGGUCAAGAUUUGGAGGCUUUCGUUUUUCACAACGCAGUUCAAUCUCAUGCCAUAUUUAUACAGGCUGCACUUGCACUGGCAGUUGCGGAACAAGCUCUUGAAUUCGAGCACAGAGAUUUGCACUGGGGAAACAUUUUGAUCUCUCCCACUGAGGAGCAACAUAUUCACUACAGGCUUAACGAUGCAGAAAUUAAUUGUCCCAGUAAAGGAGUUAAGGUAGCGAUUAUUGACUUCACCCUGUCAAGAAUGUCUUGUCGUGGAUGUUGCAUAUUUAACGAUCUUGCACUGGAUCCUACUCUGUUCAUGGCUCAGGGAGAAUAUCAAUUCGAAAUUUAUAGAUUAAUGCGUGAUAAAAUCAAAAAUGACUGGCAAAAGUUCGAGCCCUACACUAACAUAUUAUGGCUCCACUACAUAUUAGAUAAAAUGAUCACUGCAGCUAGAUAUAAAAAAGAAACGACGAAGGUGCACAAAACUGCUAUCUCAAAGUUAAAAGUGCUGAAGGAUGCAGUGCAAAACUAUAAAAGUGCUUAUGACUUUGUUACUAACUGUGUUAAGAUCCCAAACUUGGGAAUACGAUGUUCAACCACGUCGACUGUUACAUCGGUCUAAGUGAAAAUGAAAACAGAGAAGUUAACACUAAUCAAACAAAGAAUGUUAUAUUUAUUUUUACGGAACAAAUUUCGCGGUGUAUGAAUUUCUCUCCCGUAUUUAUACAAAAUGACAAAACACCGUUUAAUAAAUUUAUAUU